CAGAGUGCAUCCACGCCUCCCCUCCCCUAGCUCCCCAUCCCACCCCUCCAUCUCCCCUCAGAUCCUUGCGUGCGUACGUGAGUCAGAUUCGUCCUCCUCUCGUCUUUCUCCUCUUCGUUCCAGCCCGCACAGCCCAUUCAGCCCACAAAGUCUGGUCUGCCAGACCGUGUGAGAGAGAGCCCGCAGUGUGAGAGAGCCCGCAGCAUUCCGUGCGUCCAUUCCUUGAGAUGAUGGCAUCGCUGGUGUGGGAUCCGGGUUGCACCGGGUUAUUCGUUUCCGCCUUAAAGGCCUCACUUGAAGGUGCUUUGAGCUGUUCCGAGUUAUUCGGAGUUAUUUUACGUUGCAAAGAACCGCUCCUUACGACAUUCAUUAUCCUGGAGGUUAUUUGUCUCUAAAUUUCAUUCAGCGAUACCAACCACACAUACAGCUGGCGCCAGAGCUUACUAGAUAAUACCCGCUUUCAGGUACCGCUCUUCUAAGUGCACUUAAAUACCGCUCACCGAAGCGCAUCACUCCCCAACGCCCGACACUCCCAAGGAGCCAUUUCCGAAUGGCAUUGCUCAGGCUGAGAAUCGAGCCCGGGGCCUUGGCAUUUAGCUUCGAGCCGGGCAAGGAGCUGCGCACGCGAGUGAAGAUCUACAACGACUACUCCAAGGACGUCCUGCUCACUAUACGGCCGGGCACAGUGCGCAAGUAUGACAUCAAGGAGGGCAACAGGAUUGUGGUUGGCGAGGGCUCUUCCUUCCUCCUCACCGUGUCGUGUGCGCCGCUCUCCUCCAUGCCCUUCUGGCCCGACGCCUUCCUGCUCGCCUGCUACAUGCCGGCUGACAAGUUCACGCGCCACCUCACGCUGCACUCUAUGAGCUUCCUGUCACCUUCACGGACGAGGUCACCAAGGGCAUGACAGGCGAGCAGCAGGCGGCGCAGCAGCAGCAGCAGCAGGCAGGGGCGGGCAGGAGGGAACGGGCAGAGGGCAACGGCCAGCAGCAGGAGCGGGGAACGAAGGGAGGAAAGGGAGCACAGGGCGUGCUGGGAGGGAAGGGAGAAGCUGAGGUUUGCAGUGGAGGCGACUCAGAAGAGCGGGUUGACACGCGUGUGGAAAGGGUCGGUGCAGAAGAUGUUGGAGGGGGAGAAGGAGGGGGAGAGGGAGGAGGAGAGGAGGAAGGAGCAGGAGGAGAGGGAGAGGAAGAGGGAGGAGGAGAGGAGGUUGUUUGAGCGGGUGGAGCGGAGGGAGGAGAUGAAUGGCAAGUCGCUGGGUUCCUUCCAAGGACUGCUACUAUAGUUUGAAGCUUGUCCCUUGUUUUCCAGGCCUUCUCUUUCGUGACGACGGCAAUCCCAAUGGUCGUGAAUACCGCAAUAUAAUGUAGCUCCGCUCCAGGUGUCGUCAGCUCGUGAUUGUUAUGAUAAUCUCCGGAUAGGAGUCGAGUAAUGUGUCAACUUAUACAUAUUUGCAUAUGUAUAGUUAUAGGCUAGAAGGGCUCGUGCUCUUAGAGAGUACAACACCCAGCCAUAUGUUCCUCUGUAUCCGUCAGUUCUAGUCAUUCUGCU